CUCUGUAAGCUAGCGGAGCAUGUGUUUUGCGGCCUGAGGGUUAGAAUCGGUUUCGACGAGUAAAAUUUGUUUUGCUUACGACCAGCAAAUAUGUCUCUUUCACUUGCCCUCGCACAUAGGUGUAGGACGGUCCUAUCGACGGGAAGACAUUGCGUCCGAGCGAUUCACAAAAGAUGCACGACGCCUGCCGUAUCCACCGUAAAGUACAGCACGGAGGCGCUAGCACAGCCUGCUCCGAGCACAGAGGAAAGGCAUUAUCCCGAGAAAAUCACUCGGAUAGUGGACGACAUCGCCAAGCUGACGCUCAUGGAAGUCGCCGACUUGAACGAACUUCUCAAGAAAACUCUUAACAUUCAAGAAACACCUAUGAUGGCUGGAGCUUGGGCAGCACCAGCGGCUGCUGCACCACAGGAGGAGGACGAAGGUGACAAAAUAGCGAAAGUGCAGACGUCAUUCACAGUGAAGUUGGUCAAGUUCGACGAUGCAAAGAAGAUCCAGCUCAUCAAGGAGAUGAAGAACCUCAUGGAGGGCAUCAACCUUGUGCAGGCCAAGAAGUUUGUGGAGAGUGUGCCCCAAGUCGUGAAAGCAGACUUGGCAAAAGACGAGGCCGAGAAGCUAAAAGCAAGUAUUGAGAUGGCUGGUGGAACGUGCGAGAUCAUCUGAGGAGAUCACGUGACCAGUGGUUCACAUGACGCUGUGUAGGAACUGUACAGUUUUUUGAAGGGAGACGUGUCGCAACCUUAAACAUUGUCCAGAGACAUAAGUGCUAUCACUGAAACUGGGCAUUUCUUUUUUUCUUCACAUACAUUUGUUUUGUGCCCCCAUCUAAGGUGCCUGUAUAGCAUAGAAAUAAAAUAAUUCAUAUGUUU